GCAUUUCUGCCCUUGCUGAAGAAGGCUGCCCAGGGCAGCCCUGGCUCAGGGCUGAGCUGCAGCAAGGCUGCCAUCGUCAACAUAUCCAGCAUUGCCGGCUCCAUUGACACUAUGUAUGUGUGGGAGUUUGGACAUGUUGUCUCGUACCGCUGCAGCAAGGCUGCUCUGAACAUGCUGGGCAAGUGCCAGUCCCUGGCGUACAAGGAGCACGGCAUCCUCUGCGUCACUUUCCACCCCGGCUGGGUGCAAACUGACAUGGGGGGUGGAGGAGGAUCAUUCAAGCCUCCCCUGACAGUGGAUGACAGCGUGCAAGGGAUGCUGAAGGUGCUGUCCUCCAUCUCUGAGAAGGAGACUGGGGCCUUCCUGGACUGGGAAGGGAAGGUCGUGCCCUGGUGAGAUGCUGAUUCAGGAUUCCAACUGUGAGGACCUUUGCUGCCUGCACCAUGUUUUA